AUGACUAAGUCCAUGGAUCUUCCUCCUAAGGGUGGGUUCAGUUUCGAUCUCUGCAGAAGAAAUGAUAUGCUGGAAAGUAAGGGUCUUAAACCCCCUUCUUAUUUGAAGACUGGAACCACUAUUGUUGGUUUAGUUUUCCAGGAUGGUAUCAUUCUUGGAGCAGAUACCAGGGCAACCGAAGGACCCAUUGUUGCUGAUAAGAAUUGUGAGAAAAUUCAUUAUAUGGCUCCUAACAUAUAUUGUUGUGGAGCAGGCACUGCUGCCGAUACAGAGGCAGUAACAGACAUGGUUAGCUCACAGCUGCAACUGCAUCGCUAUCAUACUGGUAGAGAAUCAAGAGUUGUUACAGCACUGACUCUUCUUAAGAGACACCUUUUCAAUUACCAAGGUCAUGUCUCAGCUGCAUUAGUUCUUGGCGGGGUUGACAUCACUGGACCACAUUUACAUACUAUCUAUCCACAUGGGUCAACUGACACCCUUCCAUUUGCUACAAUGGGAUCUGGUUCACUUGCUGCAAUGUCUGUAUUUGAGUCUAAAUACAAGGAAAGCUUGAGUAGGGAUGAAGGAGUUAAGAUAGUUGUUGAGGCGAUAUGUGCUGGUAUCUUUAAUGACUUGGGAAGUGGAAGUAAUGUCGAUGUUUGUGUGAUAACCAAGGGACAUAAGGAAUAUCUAAGGAAUCACCUCCAGCCAAAUCCCCGUACUUUUGUCAAUCCAAGAGGCUUUACCUUCUCCAAAAAGACUGAGGUUCUCUUGACAAAGAUUACUCCUUUGAAGGAGAAGGUUGAAGUAAUUGAAGGAGAUGCUAUGGAAGAGUAA